AUGGGAUUAGAGUUGUCAGCACUUCCUAAUCAGAAGCACCGACUCGGGUUCAUCUGGAAAAUCACUAAUCUCCUGAAGCAGGCCGCCACCGCUCUUCCCAUCGUUUUCGCCGCCGUAUUCGGCCGCCUGACCACGCAGGUCUCCCGGUGGAGGUUGGAGAAGGGAGCCAGUCUGCCCUCCAUCGAGCAGUGGCUUGGCAGCCGAACGGUGUUCUCGGCAUUCCUGACGCAGAUUCACCUCGGCGGGCUCAAUACCGUCGGAGUCUUGAUGACCAUGAUUUGGUCGCUGUCGCCACUCGGAGCACAAUCCAUCCUUCGUGCUUUUGGCACAGCAUUGAAAGAUACCCAAACCCACGGCCCCGUGGUGUACUUCGAUACAAAUACCCCACCAUUCUUCUUCGAGUCCACCUUUUGGGGUCAAAGCGGCAACUUUGACUUGACGAGAUCCAUGUACACCGCCGCGAUGCUAUCUGCCGACGAGACGAAAGCAAGCAGCCAGGACUCAUGGGGAAACGUCAAGAUCCCAUACAUGUCCUCAUACGAAAAUACCCAUCCAGAUGACUCAUGGGUCCAAGUCCCGGACAACGAUAACUUGGUGUUUUCAUCCCAAGCCUUCGAAUCCAUAGCCGGUGGUAUAUCACCUGGUCACAUUGGCAAUCUUACAACGCUCGCGUCCAUUCACACUUACGAGGAGGUGUACACCAUCAAUACACCAUGGAUCACAGUAUUCUUCGUCACGGCACUGGUAAUGUUCGCGGGCAGCAUUGCCGGGGCCGUCUUCUGCCAUGUAUCAAGAACACCCGACAUACUCGGAUAUGCGUCGUCAGCGAUUCGAGACUCCAAAUACGUCAAUCUGGCACCGGGAUUCGGAGGUCUAGCAGGCUUGGAGAUGACUAAGGCAUUCGAGGGCAUCGAAUUCCGAUACGGAGUCGUAGAGAGAAUGAAGAGUGGGCAGGAGGUGUUAGGGGUCUCGUGGAAGCUGCCAACAAACUUACUACGUGGAGCCUUUGAGGAAAUCACGCAAAAGGAUCUGGAAGACGUCUUCAAGACCAAUUUCCACGGCCCACUGAACAUAACCCGCGCGAUUCUGCCAAAGCUCCGGGCCAAGGGGACAGGAACUCUACUAUUCAUGAGCUCUCAGGCAGGAUGGCAUGCUGACCCCAGUGCGACCGGAUAUUGUUCGACCAAGUUCGCACUCGAAGGAGCCGUGGAGUGUCUCGCAAAGGAGCUUGCUAUCUUUGCGCCAGGCCUAAAAGUGCUGCUUGUUGAGCCCGGCUACUUCCGGACCCGAGCCUUCAGUAACAUCAGCCACGUGGAGCCGCGCGUGGAUAUCUAUUCACAGUUCAAUGCCGGCGUCCAGGCUGUCGAACAGAGCAUUGUAGGAAACGAGCCGGGCGACUCUGCAAAAGCCGUUACGCGGAUGAUCGAGCUGACCAAUGGCACCGGGAUGGCCGCUGGCAAGACAGUUCCGCUCAGAGUGCCACUCGGAAGCGAUGGUUGGACCAGAAUCAAGGACAAAUGCGAGGAAACGUUGAAGAUCUGUGAAGAAUGGGAGGACGUGGCCAAGAGUACUGACGUACAACAGUAG